ACCCGAAGGUUCUCUCUCCGGUCGACAUCCUAGCCUACGGCGCACGUAUCAUAACCCUGGCGAGGUCUAUGCCUUUGGUGACCACUCGCGUCUACGACGACCGCUAUCGUCGCGGGGUGGCAGCUGUCAUGGCUGCCAAUGCCCAACUCUCAUUGCGCCAGUGCUUUCUGACCGACACCAAUCCGGCACUACUCGCCGAAGUCGUCAGUUCUUCACUGCGUUCCGCCAACCACAUGAGAGCUCCUGCCGAGAAUGGCAGUAGAGGUCGCGACUCGCAGCGGCCCGAGCCCUGUAGAAACUUUGCAAGAGGUACAUGUAC